AUGUCAUGUCUAUCUUCUUGUCUUCACCUACGCUCCUUCACCUUCUGCCUAUCCAAUCUAUAUCAACCGCCCCACUCUGUAUCUCUCCACCCAGCUUUUCGAUUCAUCAGCCCAACUCACUCUACAGUUCGGUUCUCCACACUUGCGUUCUUGUGCGCUGCCAUGGCGUCCUUCGGCAAGGUGCUCGAUCUGCUCGAUGACCGUUAUCUCGAGCUGCAAGACGUCACUGGCAAUGUCGAACCGCUACCGACCCUCGUACCGUAUGAAGACUACACUCAGAACGUACACGUAUACCGAAUGGAUACAAGCCACGAGAUCUUCAUGGGUCUCAUCCAGGACUUCACCAUGCGACGAGCUCAUGAGACAGGCAAAGAACUCUGGACUUGGUGUGUGCAGUGGGAGGUUGAUCACAGUUCCCAUCCUUCGUCGCCUAAAAAAGUACGACUGGAUGCACAGCAACCACAUACGCUGUCGAACACACCGCAAACGCCUCGCCAGGUGCCCGCUCUUACCAUCUUUGAGCGGCGCACGCUGGAUGGGGCGCUGAUGCUGGAGGAGGAGAUGUUGCGCAUCUUGAUCGAUAUAGUGCAGGUUGCCAGCGCGCUUGUGCCUAACUUCAUCGAGUUCCUGUAUCGCUGGGUCGACUAUUACGAGGGCGAUGGAAAGGCGCUCAAGGCGGCGCUGAGGUGGGAGAUUCCAAGUCUGUGGGAUUUCGAAUACCACCCUCUUGUACUGCCGCCAGAGGGUGAUACGGAGACGGAAGUCGGCGCACAGCCUGGUGGGCAGCAAGAGGAGCGAGCACAGUCUGCAAGCUACAGCAGGGCUGCGGAGCUGCGAGAGAGUUCGCCAACGAAGAAGAUGCAUGCGCGACCUAAACCAAACCUAGCAGCUAUCGAGCUUCGUACGUUCUACACAGAAGAAAGCGAGCGGCUGCAGUACAGAGAAGUCAAGUACGGCAUUCAACCACCCAAGUUGGAACAACCGUUGCCGCCACUCAUCAACAUCCCGCGGGACCAAUGUAAACGCGCAAAGUAUUACGCAGCAUGUUUCAAGUCGCGUCAACGCGCACUCUACCUCCUCCUCGAAGCCGGCGUCACCAUGCGCCAAAUCAACAACUACCAAAAGCUCCAGACCACUCACCCCAAAGAGACACCAGAGUCUGGCGAUGGAAAUGGGCUGCGCAACUACCAGAAAGACGCAAAGUACGCACAAGCCCAGUUCGAGCUCAAAGAGGAGCAGGUUAAACAGCGGGAAAUCGCCAUCAGCAAUAAGCUGGCGGCCGAGGCGCACUUCGCUGCUCAAACCGCGGUCCCUGACGGAGCGUCGGGCUUGCCGCUUAUUCCUCCUACACCGUCGUAUGCGAAACGUCCUGAUAUGGCUGCUGCGAUGGUGGAGAGAAUCAGAGAGACGAGGGUGAAGAAGGGUGAGAAGAUCAACUUCGUACCCAAACCGCUCGUGGGCAGGACGAGAAGCAAGAUGUUCGAAUAUGCGAGUGAAAGGCCAGAGCUGAUGCCAGGUGUGGAUCUCUCGACGAUACCGGGGUGGUAUGUAAGACGAACAGGUGCAGAGGAAGAAGAUGCAGAUUUAGGAGCUGAGACGGAUGAGUUUCUGAACACAUCCGAAGAAGAGGACGAAGAAGACGAAGACGAAGACGAUGAUACGGACAUGGAAAGUGACUCCAGCAAUCAAGACGGCAAUGGCUUCGCUGCUAUGCCGGUACCAGCUCCCAACCUACCACGUCCUCCACUGCCAUUGCCUCUACCACCACGACCUUCUACAGCAAUGGUCAGUACAGCAGGCACUCUCAGCAACUCCAAUCUUAUUACGAACGGACAAGUGGCUUUGAAUAAUCUUCCAACGUCAGCUCUAGGUCCAGCCGAUCAGUCUACACCGUCCAACAUAGCAACGUACAUGCAAAAUCUGAGUUCAGAGCAAGCCGAGCGUUUGCUUCCUUUGCUAAGUGCAGAGGCGCGGCGGGCAGUUACGAGUCGACUUGGGCCGAACUAUCAGUCUCAGGGCUCUGUAGCGCAAGUCGCCACAUCAGGCACUACGAACUCCUCUGCAGACGAUCGGUCAGAACCAGACCCAGCAGGGCAUCGAUACAUGUAUGGAAGGGUGGCGGGGUCACUACAUCCUAGAUUACCAACAACACAGCCUAUACAGGUACGGGAUGGUCACAGUUCGGGAAGUUCGUCAUUUGCCAGUGCUGCCCUCGGUCUUCCUACACGUCCGUCUCCUGCUGCAAGCUUCCCCAUUGAAACAGAACAGCGGAGGUCGCAGGGCUUUUCAUUUAAAAAUACCCCAAAUGAUCACUCUUCAAGAUCUGAUCAGCCAAAGUCGGAGCUAGGCGCAGAAGUCGCGGAAUCUGCGGAAGAGGAUAUGUCAAGGCCACUUUUCCAUCUCCGACCGGUACAGAAUACCGCCAACCUUGCUGGACUAGGAAGGGAGGCUCUUGUCAAUGUCAGUACUGGUCGCGAUCUACCAAACCAGUACCCGUCUCCUGUGACACUCGCUCCGGACGUAGCACAGCAGCGGAUAUUCAACAUGUCGACAGACGGCCUACAAUCCUUUUACAGGCCAUUCUUCAAUGUAACGGAUCAACCAACUCCAUCGAUCAUAGAUGAGAAGCAACACGCUGCGGCCCAGGAAAAUCACAACGUACCAGUGUAUGCGCUUGCGCCCACGAGUGCUGGACCUGCUUCCAUCAACGCCCAGCCCACCAACACUGGCUUCAACGCUGAAUACUUCAUGCAUCUGCGACGUCAACAAGAGUUGUCAGUAUCGCCUACCACAUCAAAUACUCGGCAGCAGCCUGUCCAGCUAGCCGAACCGACCGUGUCAGAUGCACCAUUGACGUUACGACCGCAACUCAUGACAGCCUCAGAGCUGGGCCAGCCGUGGUCUGGGCAGAUUCAAGAAAUGGUAACAGCAGAUCUCGCGGCGAUGAAUGCUCGAACACAUACUGUUCAGGCAUCACCUUCUCUCCCACUGCCGCCACCACUACCAUCGCAACCACAAUUUCUCCAAUCAGUCCCUCUUACUCUCUCCACCCCUCCACCCCCCUUCCCACCGCCCUCAGGCGCCAUGCUCCCUCCACCUCGUGCAGGCAUGACCCGCAAUGCGCCUUCGCCGCUCUCUCUCCCGCCCUCCCAGCCCUCCCCAUUCAGCACCAUCGUGCCACAAAUACCCGCCACAUCGCCCUUCCUCGACCCGCCGUCCAGCGCAGCCCCACCCAUCCAGAUCUACCUCCCGCAAAUCCUAGUCGCAGGGAACAGCAUCGGGCCCGGCGGGCAGCACGUAGGGAACGACGGGCGCAUGGAGACCGAUGCGCUGCUGCUAGGCCACGAAGACGCGGCGGGUGGUGCGUUGGUGCUGAGCAAGGCGCUGUUCCUACCCGUUGGCGUGUGGGAGAACACGCUGCGGAAGGUGCGCGGUGGACGCUGGAGCGUGCUGGAGACGUAUGGCUGUCCGUCUACGCACCCUGCCAAGGGUAAGGGGAAGGCGAGAGCGGGGGUAGGGGGGACCGGGCGGGAGGCGGAGUGUCAUGGCGCUGUGUAUGGGAAGUUGGCCACGGCGUAUGCGCUUAUGAGAGGGAGUCCUCCCGCGGCUAGGGAGGAGCUUUUGACGAAACGGUGGCGGGUGAGUCGGGGUCCGUUGACGGCGUUGGAUCGUGGUGCGGUCUGGGAGGGCUGGGCUGCGUACAUAGACCAGGAUAUCAAGAUGAGCGCUAUUGAGAGGAAGGGAGCGAUGGGGAGGGAUGUCAAUGGAGCAGCUGCCAAAGUGGAGGAUGGCGAUGUCAGAGACGGGCACUGGCCGUGUAGCAAGGAUGGGGAGGCGGCGAGGAGGAGACGAGAGAUGGAAGAGCUGAUGGAUGAAGACGAGGAUAUGGAUGACUAG